CCUCGUUUACACAGACCACACGUUUUUUAAAUUUUUUAAAUUAAACUCCGUAUUUUGUGUUGUUGCAGCCAGAUUUUCUCUUUUCGAAAGCGGUGAGAAAACAGUUUUAGAGUUUCACUCUGGGAGAGCUAAAAUAAGAGCCAUGCUUCUGGUGGACCCUGGUCUGUACAUCGGCACUGCGGCUGACCUGAACGACCGCCAGGCGUUGGCCGAUGCAGCUGUCACUCACGUCCUGUCUGUGGACUCUGUGGAUCCCGCUCCUCUGCUUCCUGCUGAUGCGGUACGCUGCAGGAAGUGGAUCAAUGUUCUCGAUGAGGUGACCUCUGACCUCCUGAGUCACAUGGACGACAGCUUCCAGUUCAUUCAGCAGGCUGUGGAUGCGGGCAAGGCUGCGCUUGUUCACUGCCAGGCGGGUCGGAGUCGCAGUGCCACCAUCGUUACUGCAUAUCUCAUGAAGAGAUACCAGCUGGGCUUCACUGAGGCUUACCACAGACUGAGGAGUGUCAAACAGGACGUACAGGUCAACCGUGGUUUUGAGGAGCAGUUGUGUCUGUAUGAGGCCAUGAAGUGUGAAGUGGACACCUCCAGUAGUUUGUACAAACAGUACAGACUGACCAAGAUUACAGAGAAGUACCCUGGAGAAAUCCAGUGUACGUCUUACUUCAUUGAACCAGUGCAGUGGAUGGAACAAGCUUUACUUGGAGUGAUGGAUGGACAGCUGCUGUGUCCUAAGUGUAGCUCCAAGCUGGGCUCGUUCAGCUGGUGUGGUGAUCAGUGCUCGUGCGGCCGCUGGGUCACUCCCGCCUUCCAGCUGCACCGAAACAGAGUGGACGAGAUCCAACAAGUGAACAUACACAAAGUGAACAUACAGAAAUAACACACGCUCAUACGUAAAGGAAUGCAGUCUCUGCGAGGCGGAAGAAGGGCAAACACUCAGCUCAUCAACACACAAACAGGAAAUGCGAUGUCCACAUGCUACAGUCGUCUUGCAUUAGGUUAUAAAGACUAACAAGGUUCUAAUGCAGGACAGUACAGUGAGUUUGGGUGUUGGGCAGAAGGCCAAACUUCAAAUAUUUUUACAGAUUUGUACAUUUACAGCCACAACUUUACUGUUCAGGUUCGAUCUCAUAGUGUUUUUGGCUGCUGCUGUUGUUAAUAUAAAUAUUUAUAAGUGCAGUAUUGGUAAUAAUACCAACUCUUCAUUGCUUACAGCUUCUCUAAGGAGAAAAUGCUGAGCUUUGUCUGUUUCAUAUCACUGUACAUUAAAUAUCUUUGGGUUUUGGACUGUUGGUCAGACAAUGACGCAAUGAUACCUUGUGAUGGGCAUGUCAUUAUUGAAAGGAAUUAUAAAGUUUAAAGGAAUACUAAAAAACAUAACUAGAUAAAUUAAUGGAGGUAAAACAGUAGUGACAGCUUCAAUGGUGAAACUGCUACCAGCCCCACAACAACUCACUAAAGCUUGUAUGCCAGGGUUGGUGUAAUGCAGCUGUUCAGAUUUAAUGAGUUAACAACACAAAAGUGAAUUUUAUACAAUUUCAUGACUGACUUAGGUCACAGCCACGUCAUCCAAAAUCAAGCAAGACUUGUUAUUGCACGUUUCUCUUUCUCAAGAUGCAUCAUUUGCUAUUUCUGUGGACUCGCUCAUGCUCACUGGAUCCAACAAAAAGAUCACAUCGGGAUGAAAUUCAACAGAUUUAUUGGUUCUGGAUUCCAGUUUCUGACGGACAAAUGUUAAAAACACAAACCCGGUUCCCCAGUCACAAUUCAAAUGGCAUAAUGUCUACAACUGUAGCCCAAAUAAACUCCCUGGGACCUGUCAAUCAGAAGGAUUUGCACAAAAAGAGAAUUUCCACAUGUUUUUUUUUUAUGUUGAAUACAUCAUGUUUCCUUUGAUCCAUUUCAUUGGUUUGGUUGGUAGAAAGGCAGAAAUACAACAGUUUUAAAUAGGACAAUACUUAGACCCCACAGCUGUCAUUUCGGCAUUUAAAGUAGUUUAAAACCGUGGCAAUUUCACACUUUAUGGAGAGGGACACAAACAUUAAAAUAAAACAUAUAUAGUUGGUCCACAAACUGCCGUAGUGUUGUUGUCAUGUGUCAACACUCAGUGCUGGAGGAAGCACUCUGAUCUUUUAAGUAAAAGCAGUAUUACUGUGUAGACGAGUAAAAAACACACCUUCAAAACAUAAAGUAAUACUAUCAAAAAUAUACUUCAAGUACCAAAAGUAGAAUGUGAAAUUUAUUUCAGAAAAAUGUACAUUAUAUUAAUGGAUUAUAAUUAAAAGCUCAAAAUCAAGUUACAGGGGGACAUUUUCUGCGCUUGAAUACAUUCUUGACACUUAAAGCAACUUUAUGUAAGAUUUGUUAAGCCUUUGUGUAAUUUGCUGUAUAAAUAAGGACGGUUAGUAAUUGUACGCCUGCAGUUGUCAUGAAAACAUUACUCAUGAUCAAAAACAAACACGUUGACAACUUUGCUAACACAACCAAACAUCAAGCAAGUGUGACAGCGUAAGUCACAGCAAUGUCGCUGAGCAGUCCAACAGAAAGAAGGCCAACUCUGUGUCUGUUUUGCGGCCUUUUAUUUCACAAAGCUCUCGUCUUGGUCCCUCUGUUUUUCCUCUUCUCAGCUUCCCCCUUCAACGUCCUCUUUGGUCUCUUUUUGGAUAAAAAGGUAAAAGCCAGUCGGAUCUUUACUCCUCUCUGGUCUCUUUCUCACAUCCUCCAACGUCGUCGUCUUCGUCUUCGUCUUCGGUUUCUUCGCAGCCUCUGCCAUGAUAUCCAUACUGAGAAUACCGAGCUAGCUAUAACUCACAUUGCUGCUUCUUCUUAUAGCUUGCUGAAGAGUUUUGUUGGUGUGUUGUGGUGCCGUAAAGCAUCACGCAGUUCUUCAGAUAGAUUUCCGUCUCAGGACUUGUAUGUUUAUAUAGUGCCAUAGCAGGCGCCUCGAACCCGAAGUGGCAAUGACCAGAUUAUAAUUGUGAUCUUUGGGAGUGUUGGACCACUGGCCUGUAUGGUUUUAAACAAAUGUAUCAUCAGUGUGUAAGCUCAAGUCUGUUCGCCUGGCUGCCAAAUGUGGGCCAAAAGUAUCAACAUUACCAUCCUAAACUCUGUGAUUGUAGUAUUUUAUAUACAGCAUGUUGUUGUUUUGUCAAACAGCACAUGAGACAUUUAGAAAAAGCAAUGCAUGGACAAAACCAUUUCUGAAUGAUUGGUAUUUUUCAAUAGCUGCUUUGAAGAGGCCCUAACGUCAUUUGUAGUGACACAUGGGUGCCACAAGAUGGCAGAUCAGUAUAUGGUCUGCAGCUGCUUGAGAAAAAGACGAUUUAGGUUCUGCCUAACAGCGAAGAAGCAUCAGCAGGACAAACACAGGAAAGAUGAGAAAACAGGGAGUCUUCUUAGUAAAGUAAGAUUGAGAUUUGAGCAGCUAUUCUGCUCUAGAUUUCACAGUAACUAUUAUAACUACUGUAGGUACUUUUCUUAGGCAGCAAUCGUACAUCAUGACCUCCAGCUGAAACUUCAUGUAAUACAAUAGCUGUCAGACAAUAAGUUUAAGCAUCUAAGGUCCUUUAUUCCUGAGGCUUUGGUGUAUUUAUCAUCAUAGUCUAUCAUCUGUGGUUUCAGUGGGGAGUUGUGAAUAGCUUUAAGUAUUGACACUGUAGGUAUUCCCAUUGAAAUGAAUCAUGAAUAAAGUCACUGUUCAGGAUAAAUCAUCAAAUAUCAGCUCAGAAUGUGUCAUUUCAUGUUCAUCGUAGGGCUGCAACUAACUAUUAUUUUCAUCUAGUCUAUAAAAUGUCAAGAAAUUGUGACAAAUUGCUCAUCACAAUUUUCCCGAGCACAAAGCAACAUCUUCAAAGUUGCUUCUUUUGUCCAACCAACAGUCCAAAACCCGAAGACUCUUUAUUUACUAACAUAAAUGACAAAAAAUAGCAAUUCCUUACAUUUAUGAAGAUGAAAAAAUGCUUAAAAAAUGACUGAAACGAUUAAUUGAUAGUUAGAUAGAUAUCAAAACAGUUGUCAGGUUUUUAUUUCAGCGUCAGUGAGUCCAGAUCUCAGUGCAAACAGAUCCUCAUAGUACAGUAUGUGGAUUGUUACAGUGAGUCGUGUUACGUUACUGUCCAACAGACAUCUGGAAAACUGGAGCAUUCAAUGACUGCCAACAAAAAGAGAGGGUUAUGUAAAAGAGGUGGAAAAGGGUUUAAAUAAGGUGAAGUGAAAAUGUGUGAAAAUGAGCAGGAAAGAAAGGAGAGUGGUCUGGGGGGAUGUGGUCUGUGUUUUCCAUACUCUCAUAAGAACUGGAAUUGAUCAAAGGGGGACUUCCUACACUGCUCUGCAUGUCAGUCUGCAAGAGAGAGAGAGACAUGAGACCCUCACUGGGAGAUGUGCAGCAGUAAUACUGUAAUACUACAUGCAUUUAUCAGCUGAGAUCAUGCAGUUGCACACUAAAAUAGAGAAGCGUGAAAACUUUUACAACCUCAACAACGAUCCUCCAUUAGGAGGAGAAGGAAAAACAUUUUCUGAUAGGCUUUCUGAAAGUCCAGUUCCACAGUGCUACAGUAGAAAUAUCACACAUUCAUCAUGAUCUCAAGAGGCAGUUAAUCAAUAAUUACAGCACCGUAUUUGCAACUGUCUAAUGUUUUGAGGCAUUAACAUACAUCAGCCAUUAAAGAGUAUUAAUAAACUUGAAUGCCAUCCUGUGUGGAUAUAAUGCACUUUCAUAGACAAAGUACAGCAUGCUAAGCUACAACAUGAGGUUGUAGUCUGGUUAAACGUGAUGAAAUACAGUAUUUAUCUAGUGCAAGUUUGUUUUCACAAAAUAAAAGACAAGAAUUUUAAAUAUACAAAAGGUUCCUCGCAAACCCACUUUCGGCUUUGUGUUAGCCUGGUUACAGACUUUGAAUCGGUGCACACCAUCUCUGAAUUGUUUAACAAUGCAAAUAGUUGCAAUCUACUGACAGUCUACUGUCCGGCUUCCUGCCACCGUCCAAAGACAUGCGGCCUAGGUUUGGUUUGGUGACCCUAAAUUGUCCUUAUGUGUGGCCCUGCGAUGGACUGGCGACCUGUCCCCGCGACCCUUUACGCAGGAUAAGCGGUUGAUGAUGGAUGGAUGGACAUGUAUGGCUUUGUUAUGAAAAAAAAACCCAUGGCAUUCACAAUUUGUAGGAUGUGAUGCGGAAGUUCAUGGAUUUGUUUUGAUAUGAACUGGAGUCACAGUUUUUUUUUCAAGUGCUAACAAGCUUGCUAAAGCCACUUUUUCAAAAGGCUUCAUACAGUCUGCAUUGGCCAAACAGUUAAUAAACACCUCCACAAAUCACUCAAACCACCAAAAUACUUCAUACAUGCCACAAAAUAAACUUGUUCGACCAAAACAACAGUAACAGUUCUCGCUCAGAAAGCAAACACACCUAAAAAAAAACGGAGCAUUAUAAUUAAAUUAUAAACUUUUAUCUUUGAAGUCACAUUAUUGACUGGACUUAUGUGUAUAUAUGUGUAUAUAUGAAGUAUAUGUAACAAGAAUUAAUCAGAAAUCCAACAAUUUGCUUGUAUAUCAUUUAUUUUUUCUAUAACACUGCAUAUAGUAAUUUACUUUUAGAUAAAUAUAGAGUUGAAACAAAAAGCAAAUUCCUAAAGUUUCAGUGUGUCACGAUCCUGUCCUGAGUGCUGUGUUUUUGUGUUUUGAUUCUGCAUGUUAGUCCUGUCAGCUGUUCCGUUUAGUUCUGAGUUUAUUCAUUUAUCAGUUUGGUAUCUGUUAUUUAGUCUGUGUUUUGGUUCCAUGUCUUACUCCUGGUCCGUGUACUUCAGUGUGUUUUGGUCUGUUCAGUAUCUGUCUUAGAGUUGUUGAGUUGUGCUUUGUCCAGUAUCUGUUAAAUAGUCUGUUGUGUUUGGGUAUUUCCCUUAUUUGCUGUUCUGUUCCAUGUUUAUUGUUGUCCUGUUCCCAGUCGGUUCCAUCUCUGUUCCCUACUCCAUUCUGUUAGUCAGUUGUCACGUUUCCUGUUUUGAGGUUCGGUUCCUGGUCUUGUGUUUUCUGUUGGCUCCUGCAUCUUAGCUCCUAGUUCUGUGUCUCAGUUCAUGUCUUAGUAUUUACUUUUGGUCUGUGUACCUCUGUGUAAUGUUGCCCUUUUCUGCUCUGUGUUCUCUUAAAUUCCAGCUUCAGUCUGU